UAUACUUGUCUUGUGUAUCUCGUAAGUUACUACGCAUCAAUUAAUUGUUUUGGUUUAUUUUUGUCUAUUUUUUAAAUAUAAUGCCACGAGGAAAACACUUAAACGAAACUGAAAUUAAUAUAAUAAAAAAAUUGCAUUCUGAAAAUUAUUCUAAGUUAAAAAUCGCGAAAAUCAUCAAUAGAAGUCAUCGUGUUGUGCGAAAUUUUUUAAAAGAUCCUGAAAACUAUGGAAAAAAAAAGAGGGCUGGUCGACCAACAGCAACUACACCACGAGAAAGAAGGUCAAUUCUACGAGUUGCAUCCAAUUCAGCGCUUACAGCAAGACAAAUCGCAGCAGAGGCCGGUGUUAAUACUAAUUUAAGAAAUGUUCAACGUAUUAUACAUGAUUGUGAAUAUCUAAAACGUAAGAAAUUACAAAGAAAACCACCGUUGUCGGAUAAACAUAAAUUAGUUAGAUUACAAUUUGCCAAAGAUCAUGUUCAAUGGAAAAAAAAGUGGAGAAAAGUUAUUUUUACUGACGAAAAAAAAUUUAAUUUAGAUGGACCCGAUGGUUUUAAUUACUAUUUUCAUGAUUUAAGAAAAGACAAUUCAAUGCUGAGUCGUCGACAAGCUGGAGGUGGCAGUGUAAUAAUAUGGUCUGGCAUUGGAUACUCGGGGAAAAUGGAUAUCAAGUUCUGUACUGGAAAAAUAAAUAGUAAACGAUAUAUAGAAAUAAUAAAUGAACAGAUUACUUCCUAUGCAACACGGAUUGCUGGCAAUAAUUUUAUUUUUCAACAAGAUAAUGCCAGUGUUCACCGAGCACAGGUAGUUAAAGACUAUUUUGUUGAAAAAAAUAUUCAAGUUCUUGAAUGGCCAGCUUAUUCUCCUGACUUGAACAUCAUUGAAAAUUGUUGGGGAGAUUUAUCACGAGCUGUCUAUCGUGGCUCAAGACAAUUUAGUACAGUUGAAGAAUUGAAGAAGGUGAUCAUUAACGAGUGGCAGAAUAUAAAUCAAGACACAAUUAAAAAACUAUAUGACAGUUUACCAAAUCGAAUGAUUGAAGUGAUAAGUAAAAAUGGUGGAUCUACUAAAUAUUAAUUAAAAUAAAUAAUCGUUCUUGAUAUAAUUCUCUUAAAUUUUUGUUUACGUUUAAUUGCCUGGGUUAUACUUUUGUCGCACCGCAAAACUCAAUAUUGUCUGUAUUUUGUUAAUUUUUUAUUUAAGAAAUAUUGUAUGUAUAAUAUAAUAAUCUUACUAACACGCUAAUUUUGUGUAUUAGUAAUAUAUUAAUAUAACUAUAAUUCUUUAUCAGAUAUCACAAAAUUAGGGGGGUGGGUUAUACUAUUGUCGCGGAAUGUAGAAAUAAUAAUUAUAGGUUUAGACUAACUUCACGAUAUAAACAAAAAAAAAAAAAUAUUGUAAUAUUGAAUGUCACAAAUUUAUAAAUAUUUCUUUAUAACAUUUUGACGAAAAAUACUUUUCAUAUAACUUAAAGAAGAAAUUAAUACACUAAGCGAUUAAACUGUUAUAAGAACUUGAAUAACUUGACAAAAAGUAAAACUCUAAUAAAAAAAAAUAUACUGAUAAUAAAUUUUGAAAAAUUGAUUACGGUAAGAAUGUAAUGUUUUUUUAUUUUUUGUGUAUAUUUUUUACAAUUUGAAUAAGGUAAAUGUCCCAAUACCAGAACCAGACCCAAUACCGGAACGAUUUGAUAAUCAUUAUAUUAUAUUUUAACUCGUAUGCGAUGAAGUUAAAUUAAUUAUUAAUAAUAAUUAAUAAAUAAAAUUUUAAAAAAUGCGCAUUCAAAAAAUUUUGAAAUUAAUAGUGCUUUUUUAUAAAUAUUAUUUUUUAAAUUAUUUACCUUAUUUAUUUGAGUUUUCUAAAAAAUAAAAAAUUAAAAUCUGAAAAUUAAU